AUGACACAUACGCAAUUGUUGCGCGUAAUAGGUGCGUAAUAGACCGAUCAGCUGGACCUCAGCCAGGAACAAAAAAUUGUUCGAUUAAACAAAGAAAAUAUUUGCACCUAGAUGCGCAUUGAGUGCACCGCGCGCAAGAAAGUACAAACUGCGUAUUACGCAUCCUGUGUCACGGUUUUAUAAAACGAGUCGCGAAGCGCAUUGACAGCUCAUUUGUGUCGCUGAGUUUAAGAUCGCCAGAUCGAAAAGACGCUAACGUAAACAUGAGUGCGCAGUCAUCAGUCAACGAAUCUCAAGUAGGAGCCGCCAAUUCGGCGAUAUCCAUGCCUGGCCUUGAUCUCGACGAAUGGAAUGCCUUCAAGGCAAAACACAACAAGAAAUACGAGACCGUUGAGGAGGAGAAAAAGAGGAUGACAAUUUAUCUCGAGAGUAAGGAAAAAAUUGCUAAGCAUAACGCCGAUUUCGAGAAGGGACUUACCACUUUUAAAAUGGGCAUCAAUCAUUUCGCGGAUAUGACUCCCGAGGAAAGGAAGAUGGGACAUUGAUGAUGCUGUGAACUUGGAGGAUUUCUAGUAUUACAUGUUUCAAAAUUUUCAAAUUUUUUUCUUUCCGUUAACGUCUUUCCUUUGGCUUGUAAUAUUCUUCACCGUGCCGCAGAAAUUCACGCAAAACAUACGACAUAUUUAUUUGGUUUUUAUUCCGUCUUUUCACCGGAUUCGCGCAGGUGCAAAAUUUGUGUAAACUAGUCGUUCCGACAAUGAAAUAUUAUACGAUACUUAUGAAAACAUAUAUUAUAUAUCUAAAAAGUUUUACACUUUUAUGCAUUUUUAAACCGUUUUACGAUAUUUUGUAAAAUUAUAU